GGGACCGGGAGGUGGGGUUUCUGAGGGGGGAGCUGACCCGUUAGCUGCUCGGCCGGCCAUGGCGGCGCACUCGCCGUCCUCCCCUCUCCUUUCGCCUCCGGGGCGACAGCUGGGCCCCCGGUCCCCGCGCGUCGGUCGGGGAGCUGACGUACACGCGGUGCGCAGCGAGGCCCCGAGUCCCGCCGGCGCGGCCUGGGAGGGCGCCGCGGGCAGCAGGGCGCAGUCUCGGCGGGGCAGCAGAGGGCCGGCGGGGGCAGGCCAGGCUGCGGCCCCGCUCCUCAACGCGCCCCGGGGCCGCGGCCGGCGGGAGGGCGGCUCGGUGGAGGAGGCGCUGGCGACGCGGACGCGGCUGCUGCGGGAGGAGCUGAGCGGCCUGAAGGAGGAGCUAGCCCUGUGUCAGGCUGAUAAAGAAUUUGUAUGGUCUUUGUGGAAACGUCUCCAAGUGACAAGCCCUGAUCUCACACAUGCUGUCAGUUUGGUUGUGGAAAGAGAAAAACAGAAAUCUGAAGCUAAGGACAGAAAAGUUCUAGAAAUUUUGCAGGUCAAGGAUGCAAAUAUACAAGAAUUGCAACAGAGAGAAUCAUUACUAAAACAGGAAAUAAAUGACCUUGUAAAAUGGAAGAUUGAAGUAGAUGAAGAAAAUGCUUUCUUGAGAAAAGAAUUCAGUAACUUGGAAAAGAAAUUUGAAGAAAAAAGUCAAGUUAAGGACACUAAGGAGUGUGUACAGAAUAAAGAAGAGCAGAACAGACUGCUUAUAAAAAAUCUGGAGGAGGAAAAUGAGAAAUUGAGUAUCCGCUGUGCUGACCUGCUAAAUGACCUGGAGAAACUGAGGAAGGAGGAAACACAUUGGAGAAAAGAAAAAUCCAUUACUGAUGCAAAAAUAAAGGUCUUUGAAGAUAAUUUAAUUGAAGCAAAGAAAGAAAUUGAAGUAUCACAGAGUAAAUAUGAUGCUGUAUCAUUACAAUUGAAUAAUAAACAGACUGAACUUCUCCAGAAGGAUGUGGAUAUUUCUUUGGUCAGGAAAGAAUUGCAGGAGCUGCAGAAUCUUUACAAACAGAACAGCACUCACAUAGCGCAGCAAGCAGAGCUGAUCCGGCAGCUUCAGGUUCUCAAUAUGGACACACAGAAAGUUCUGAAAAAUCAGGAAGAUGUUCACACAGCUGAAAGUGUAUCAUAUCAAAAACUUUACAAUGAGUUACAUAUUUGCUUUGAAACCACAAAGUCAAGUGAAGCUAUGCUCCGGCAAAGUGUUGCUAAUCUUGAAGAUCAGCUAAUUCAAAGAGAACAAGAAAAUGCAGAAUUAAAGGAAAAACUUCGGAAUUUGCAAGAAGCACCCUGUCCUUUACCUCAAGAAGAUGAGUCAGACCACUCAGCCCAGGUAUCUCAACACCCAUCAUUAUCAAGCUUGGAAACAUUAAUGGUCUCACAGAAGUCUGAAAUAGAGUAUUUACAAGAGAAACUGAAAAAAGCAAAUGAAAAGUUGUCUGAGAACAGAUCUGCCAACAAGAGUUCCUCAGAGAAGAGCGUCAUGACAAGUGCUGAAGGAAAAUAUAAGGAACCACCUGUGAAACGUUCAAGGUCUUUGUCCCCAAAGAGCUCUUUCAGAGACUCAGAGGAGCUAAGGAAGCUGAGAAGAGCUGAGAGGAAGAUUGAAAACUUAGAGAAGGCACUGCAACUAAAGAGUCAAGAAAAUGAUGAGCUAAGAGAAGCCCAUGAAAAACGCAGAGAAAGACUACAGAUGUUACAGACCAACUACAGAGCAGUAAAAGAACAAUUAAAACAGUGGGAAGAAGGCAGUGGCAUGACUGAUAUCAGAAAAAUACAGAGAGCAGAUCCCCAACAACUUCAACAAGAAGAUUCCGAUGCUGUAUGGAAUGAACUGACUUAUUUCAAAAGGGAGAACCAGGAGCUAAUGAUUCAAAAAAUGAAUCUUCAAGAAGAAUUGGAUGAACUUAAAGUACAUAUAUCUAUUGAUAAGACAACAAUACAAGAAUUGAAUAGAUGUAUAGCAGAGAAAAGAGAAGAACAACUCUUUAGAUGCCGUGAAGAUGAUGGGGUCAGGAAGAGUACUUCAGAGAAGAAUGGGAAAGAAAUGUCGGAGCAGACCUUACAGAAGGUCAUUGAAUUGGAAAAUCGGCUAAAAUCUUUUGAGAAAACAUCAAAAAAAUUAAAAGAAGGAAAUAAACAAUUAGUGAAAGAAAAUGAUUUCCUGAAAGUCCAUUUAAAACAGCAUCAAGAAGAUGCAGAGAACAGAAAAAAAGAGCUAGAACAGCUACUAAAGGGGAGUAAAGAUGUAGAAAAAGACAAAACUAAACUUGAAGUAAAAGUCAGUGAGCUGGAGAGAGAAGUCAUUUCCCUCAGGAGACAAGUGGCAGAAGUUAGUACAUCGAGAAGUGAAAAUGAGGAGCUGAUGAAUCCAGGGGAGAAAUUAGAGCAUUCUGCAGAAAAAGCUAAAUCUGAGAUGGCCACCACAGAAGUGAGAUCUGGAAAAUAUGAUUAUAAGACAACCACCACCAAGGUUAAAUUGAAAGCUGCCAAGAAAAGGUGCUCUCUGGGUCGUCACCACACUGUUCUCAAUCACUCCAUCAAGGUUAUGAGCAAUGUGUUUGAGAACCUCAGCAAGGACGGCUGGGAGGAUAUGAGUGAAAGCAGCAGUGAUUCUGAAACACAGACCUCUCAAAAUUUGGGGACAAUUAUUGUGGAAACAUCCCAGAAAAUAAGCCCUACAGAAGAGAGACAAGACCAGAAACAAAGUGAUAAAACAGAAAAUAACCAAAUACAAGGAAAAAAAAUAGUACAAAUGUAUUCAAAUAUGGAUGACAAGACCCCAAAGGAUUACAAGAGUAUUAAAAAAAUGACUUUUCAAAAGAAGAAUGAUAAUAUGCAUAAGAGUUCACAUACAAUAUUUCCAACCACAGUUAACAGAGAAAAGUACAAAAAUGUAACUGUCCAGAAAUCAAGUAGCAAUAUUAUUUUGUUACGAGAACGGAUUAUAUCCUUGCAACAGCAAAAUAGUAUACUCCAAAGUGCCAAGAAAUCAGCAGAAUUGUGUGUUAAAGAAUGUAAAGAAGUCAAUGAAAAACUUCUCCAUCAACAGCAAAUAUCUGAUCAGCGUUUACAGAUAAGCAGACAAACAAUAAAGAAGCUAAAUUUGGAUCUGGCUGGGGUUCGGAAAGAAAAUGAAGAUCUACUUAAAAAAUUGGAGUCCUCAUAUGAAAUCACAAGUUUGGCAGAAGAAGUUGCCAAGGUAGCAGCUCCACAUAUACCAGUUACAUCACUGGGCUCCUCAAGGAGCAUGGAUUUAGAAACGAAGCAGCUACAGUGUAAACUAAAGGUGAUUAAUAUAAAGUUUAUUAAGCAUGAAAACAUACAUUCAAAUACUGCAUCCUCAGACAUGAUUUCUCGAAUGGAGAGGGAUAUAACUAUGAAAAGACAUUUGAUAGAGGACUUGAAAUUUCGUCAGAAAGUAAAUUCUGAAAGUAAUGAAAGUUUUAGUCAAAUGUUAGAAAAUCUUGAAAAAAAGGUAAAGACAUUAACUGAAGAAUGUUCUAAUAAAAAAGUAUUAAUUGAUUCACUAAGGCAAAGACUUAAUGUUGCUAUAAAAGAGAAGUCACAGUAUGAACAGAUGUAUCAGAAAACUAAAGAGCAGUUAGAAAAAAAGGAGUUCAAGCUUACUCUCCUGGCAUCAAAAGUAAGUGAGACUGAAUCUGUAAUCACAGAAAUUGAGGCAGCAGCAUCUAAGCAGCUUCAAGGAUUAGCACUACAAAGUGAGCAGGUUCUAGAAGGUGCACAGAAGAAACUAUUGUUAUCUAAUGAGAAAGUGGAAGAGUUCACUCUAUUUGUGAAGGCUUUGGUCAAAGAGUUACAAAACGAUGUCCAUGUGAUAAGACAAAAAAUCAGAGAGCUUAAAAAAAUGCAGAAAAACAGAGAAGCUUGUAAAACUUCAACACAUAAAGCUCAGACCUUGGCAGCGUCUAUCCUGAACAUUUCACGAUCAGAUCUUGAGGAAAUACUGGACUCAGAAGAUGAAGUGGAAAUGAAAAGGACAAAGAUAGAUGCUGAAAAUGACAAAGAAUGGCUGAUGUACAUUCAGAAACUUCUUGAAGGACAGCUUCCUUUUGCCUCAUAUUUACUAGAAGCAGUACUGGAGAAAAUGAAUGAGAACAAGAAACUACUUGAGGGAUAUUUCACAAUUAUGAAAGAUAUUAGAUGAUGUUACAGGGGAGAAAUGGAGAGCUUUUAUGCAGAUGUGAAAACUUUUUUAUGUGUUAUGAUUGAAAAACAUACUGCAAUCUUGAUACAGUAUUUGGUGUAACUAUCAAUAGUCAGGUUCAGUACCAAAAUAUGUCUCUGAAACUAAUUAAUUGCUGAACAAGUGAAAGUAGUUAAGUGCAUAGCCACUUAAAAGGAAAUAGUAUAGCAUUUGAUUGUUGAAUACAGAUAUUGCCACAAAUCAAUGCAAACUUAGAAAUGAUGUUUUCAAUGCUUUGGAAGAAACUAGAACAAGUUUGGCAUACACAAAUGAGUUAGUAUAAAAAGAAAAUGGUGUAAACUAAGGACUUAAUGUUUUAAAAGCUAGACUUUUUACAUAAAACUCCUAUAAAUAGUCUUAAGAGGGAUCCAACGAACAACACAUUUGUACUGUAAGCAAGCGUAGAAUAAAGCAUAACUUAUGAAUGAUCACUUAAUGAAACAAACUGUGGUUUAAUUAUAUCUCUUGUUACUGAUAUACUGGAUUAUACAGAAAAGACUUUUUCUUGAGUGAUUUUCAAAAUAUGAAAAUACCCCUCUCACAAUGCUUCUUGUAGUCGUAUAAAUUAACAAGGGGCUACAGUACAAACACAGUGCAUACAGUUAGGCUUUAGAAUUUACACUGUGCUCAGCUAAAUAAAGUUGCUUUCUUAACAAUGAUAUUAUUUUUCUUAUUUCAGUUCCUGAAUAUUCCCACCUUAUUUCACCUCUUCACUAUUUUCCUGCCACACACUAAUGCACCAAAUUUGUGCCUGCCUCCCACAUUUGCUCUUGCUAUUCUUUCUAGAAUACUCCAUACUCAAUUUUCCCCAUAGAUGGCUCCUUCUCAUCAUUUGGGCUCACCUUAACCAUUUGUUCACAGACAAAUUCUCUGACCAUCUUACUAUUGACUUUCCCAAGAUAUAAAGUUAUCUGGUUUAUUUGUCUGGUCACCUUUUUUAUUCUUAUCUAUCACUCCCUCUUCAGAAUGUAGGUCCCAUGAAAUUAAGGCAGGGGUUGGCAAAAAAUAGCCCACAACCAAAUCUGGCCUACCACCUAUUUUUAAAUGACCCACAAGCUAAGAGUGCUUUUUACAUUAUUAAAAUGGUUAAAAAUCAAAAAGAGAACAGUAUCCUGUGUCAUGUGGGAAUUAUGUGAAAUUCAAAUGUUAAUGUCCAUCAAUAAAGUUUUAUUGAAACACUGCAAUGUUCAUUCAUUUACAUAGUAUAUUAUUUAUGGCAGGUUUCACACCACAGUAGUAUAGUUGAGUAAUUGCAGUAGAGACCAUAUGUGUGGUCUUCAUCACUUUGCACUAUUGCCUGACACACUAUAAAUCAUAAUGACACACUUAUAGUUUGAUAGCAUUUCAAGUGCUAUAAAUACUGCCUUACUACAGUUUUUUAAAAUAUCUGCAUGUGCAUCAUGUCAAACCAAGAAAAUAAGAGGAAAAUAGCCAAUGAUUCAUACUUUUAAGGCAUAGUGAAGUAUAUUUUAUUUUUGUUUUGUUAUUGAAUUAGGUGACAAGACAUUCUGCCUAUGCUCAAAAAUACAAUCUGCACUGACAUUAACAGACAUAACACUCAUAAUAUUAUCAAGUCACA